AUGUAUAAUCCAAGGGUUAAUUCUCUUACCGAGAUUGCUCUUACUAGUACGAUACUCGGUGUGAUCAUAGGAGGAUGCAUAUUCAGUCUUAGUGUGAGUGGUCUUCAUGGUGCAUAUUCCAAUAUUUAUGCUUAUCUCAUUUUGCUCUGUAUGUACUAUUUGUUUGAGUUCAUUCAAACAGCAAGAUAUCAGCCUAGUAAAGUAACAUCUAAGCUGUUCUUGAUUUGGGGUGGUAAUGGAAACAAGGAGUUCCUCAUGGUGCAAUUUUUGAACAUUUGGGAGUACUUUUUUACACAGAGUAGAUUCAAUUCAUUCUUACCAAAUUGCAAUGAUUGGAAGGUUGUAUAUCUUGGCUUGACUAUGAGUAUCAUGGGCCAAUGGCUAAGAUACAAAUCAAUGGAGGUGUGUGGAGAUUCCUUUUCUCACUAUAUAGCGGUCGAUAAGCCGACAACAGAUGGCAUUGAAAGACCAUUGAUAAAGCAUGGUCCGUAUGCCUACAGUAGACACCCCAGCUAUGUUGGGUUCUGGUACUUCGUUGUGGGCAUGGAGAUUCUACUUGGGAAUUGUGGCUGUUUGGUCAUCAGUAUUGUCAUUCUAACGGUAUUUUUCAGAAAACGAAUAGAGUUCGAAGAGUGGUUUUUGGAAAAUAGAAUUUAUGGUGAAGAGUACACUGAAUAUAAAAGAGAUGUCGGUGUCUGGAUCCCAUUUGUCGUAGGUAUUUAA